AUCCCAUGACUCUGCCCCUGCUUUCCCCAGUUCACAGCAAAGCAGCUGGAGAAACUCUCCAAGAAAGCUGAGAAGGACUCCAAGGCUGAGCAAGCCAAGGUCAAAAAGGCCCUGCAGCAGAAGAACGUGGAAUGUGCCCGGGUCUAUGCCGAGAACGCCAUCCGGAAGAAGAAUGAGGGGCUCAACUGGCUCCGGAUGGCAUCCAGGGUGGAUGCCGUGGCCUCCAAGGUGCAGACAGCCGUCACCAUGAAGGGGGUGACAAAGAACAUGGCUCAGGUGACCAAGGCCUUGGACAAAGCCCUGAGCUCCAUGGACCUGCAGAAGGUGUCAGCAGUGAUGGACAAAUUCGAGCAGCAGGUGCAGAACUUGGACGUUCACACGUCGGUCAUGGAGGACUCCAUGAGCUCUGCCACCACGCUGAGCACGCCACAGGAGCAGGUGGACAGUCUGAUUGUGCAGAUCGCCGAGGAGAAUGGGCUGGAGAUCAUGGACCAGCUGAGCCAGCUGCCAGAGGGGGCCUCGGCUGUGGGGGAGAGCUCUGUGCGCUCCCAGGAGGACCAGCUGUCUCGGAGGUUGGCUGCCCUGCGGAACUGAGGCUCCGGCAGCCCCUGCCGAUGGCGUCGCUGGAACGGCCG